AUGUCUUCGCCAAGCAAACGCAGAGAAAUGGAUAUGAUGAAGCUGAUGAUGAGCGAUUAUAAAGUGGAGACGAUCAACGAUGGCAUGCAAGAAUUCUAUGUUGAAUUCAAUGGACCCAAAGACAGUCUGUAUCAAGGAGGUGUGUGGAAGAUAAGAGUUGAGCUUCCUGAUGCUUAUCCUUACAAAUCUCCAUCUGUUGGUUUCAUUACUAAGAUUUAUCACCCAAAUGUUGAUGAACUGUCGGGUUCUGUUUGUUUAGAUGUGAUUAACCAGACUUGGAGUCCUAUGUUUGACCUUGUGAAUGUGUUUGAGACAUUUCUUCCUCAGCUUCUCUUGUAUCCAAACCCAUCAGAUCCAUUGAAUGGUGAAGCUGCUGCAUUGAUGAUGCGUGAUCGUCCUGCUUAUGAACAGCGAGUUAAAGAAUACUGUGAGAAGUAUGCAAAACCAGGGGAAGGUUCAGAAGAUAAGUCAAGCGAUGAAGAACUAAGUGAAGAGGAAUAUGGUUCUGAUGGUGAAGAUGAUGAUGAUGAUGAUGUUGCAAUUGCAGGCAAACCAGAUCCUUGA